ACGGGGCUCGCCAUGGUUCUCGGACGCAGGAACUCGCUUCUCCUGUUUUUCUUCGCUUUCUUCUAAAUGCAAUCAACCUGAAUCUCUCGGACUCGGAUUUUUUUGCUGUUUCAACUUAACGACUCAAGAGCGACGACCUGUUCCUUGCUGAGAUAUACGGAUCUGAAUAGAUAAACUUGUGUCCAACUGGGCGAUCAAGAUUUCAGGAUCCCUUUUCCCAGAGCGAAUUCCCUAGUUUGAGGAACUCGGGAAAGAAACUGUUCUGGAAGAAGAGGAGUGAGAAGGGGCCCUUAUUUAAGUGAAUGCUAGAGACAUUAUCAUGACUGCGGCAUGGGAGUGACGUGACAUCAGCAUUGGACUUUCCCUCCAAACAACCUUAUAUCCGCACACCCACACCAUGUGCUUCUCUCUUCGGAGAGGCAAAACUGACUGAAUGAACGACUACGCUGAGAAAGAUUGUGCGAGUGUGAAAAUGGACGAGUCUGCGCUCCUGGACCUGUUGGAGUGUCCGGUGUGCUUGGAGCGACUGGAUGCUACGGCAAAGGUGUUGCCGUGCCAGCACACAUUUUGCCGGCGCUGCCUGCUUGGAAUUGUGGGGUCGCGUGGAGAACUGCGCUGCCCGGAAUGCCGCACGCUAGUGGAGAGUGGCGUGGAUGAGUUGCCUAGCAACAUCCUCCUGGUACGGCUACUGGACGGUAUCAAGCAGAGGCCGAGGAGGACGGGAAGCAUGCACAGCACGUGUAUUAAUGGAUCUGCAGUGGCAGGGGUCCGAGCACAGAUUGCUGGAGGAGGCCAGAGGGAUCCAGGUCCCACGGGAGCCCAGUCUCAGAGGGUCCAGGCCAAGAGCACUCCAGUUAGGGGAGUUCCUCAGCUACCUUGUGCCAAGGCUUUAUACAACUAUGAUGGCAAAGAGCCCGGAGAUCUCAAGUUCAGCAAGGGUGACAUCAUCAUCUUGCGCCGACAGGUGGAUGAAAACUGGUACCAUGGAGAGAUGGGCGGAGUCCAUGGAUUCUUCCCCACCAACUUUGUCCAGGUCAUCAAACCUCUCCCACAGCCGCCCCCUCAAUGCAAGGCCCUGUAUGACUUUGAGCUGAAAGACAAGGAGGCUGACAAGGACUGCUUACCGUUUUCAAAGGAUGAUAUUCUUACUGUGAUUCGUCGUGUGGAUGAGAACUGGGCGGAAGGCAUGCUGGGAGAUAAGAUUGGCAUCUUCCCCAUAUCGUAUGUAGAGUUUAACAGUGCAGCACGACAGCUUAUAGAACUGGACAAGCCAUCUGAAUGUGGAGGAGACUCCAGUGAAGGGACCUCGUCCUCGGGCCCCCAGGCUAACGGCUCCCAGAAAGCCACUGGAGAGAAGAAGAACAGUAAGAAGCGACACUCCUUCACCUCUCUGACUAUGUCCCAUAAGCCCUGCCUGGCCCCUCCACCACAGAGACACUCCAUGGAGAUCAGCGGCCCGGUUCUGAUCAGCUCCUCCAACCCCACAGCAGCGGCCCGGAUUGGAGAGCUCAGCGGAGGCCUGUCCUCCAGCGCACCUUCACAGGUUCACAUUUGCACAACAGGACUCAUUGUUACUCCUCCACCAAGCAGUCCUGUCACCACAGCGACAGUUUUCACAUUUCCUCCAGAAACCAGCUAUGCCUCUAUUCCAGUGGAUGCUCUUCCUCCUCCACCUCCUCCUCCACCUCAGUCACAGUCCUCAACUGUGGGCGCUGCCGCCUUGAAUGCUGGUCAGAGGCCGUUGCCCGCUGUGGGUGAACAGAGUGGCCGUCAGAGACCCACCGUGUACGUGGCGAUGUUUCCCUACAUGCCUCGUAAGGAAGAUGAGUUGGAAUUGAGGAAGGGGGAGAUGUUUCUGGUGCUGGAGCGCUGUCAGGACGGCUGGUUUAAAGGAACAUCCAUGCACACUGGCAAGAUCGGAGUGUUUCCUGGUAACUACAUGAGUCCUGUCAACAGGACUGUUUCUGGCAGCAGUCAGCCAAAAGUUCCCCUGACCCUGUGCUCCCAGGCGGGACGUGGCGUCACCAUCGUCAGCCCCUCCUCUGCUCCUCUUGGAGCUGCCCUGGGGAGUGUCGAACCCAGCAAACCCCUCCCAGUCUGCCCAAAUCCCACCCCGUCUUGCCCACUGCCUGCUGCUGUAGUGUCAGCUGCACAUAUAGCCACUGGACAGCACCCCAAAGUGCUCAUGCAUGUGACGUCACAGAUGACCGUUAACCAGGCACGCAGUGCAGUCAGGACAGCUGUGAGUCAUAGUCAGGACCGGCCUACAGCAGCAGUGACGCCCAUCCAAUCCCACAAUCCUGUGUCCUACCUUCCUAGCACAGCUGUGGUUCUUCAGGCGUCACCUGUCCUCGGCUCCAGCCCAGGAUCCUCCUCAGCCAGAGUUGGUGUGGCUAUGAGCUGUGCCGCCGCCUCCUUGACCCCUCCUAAUGUUAGCGCUGCUUCUUUGGACAGUGAUGCCAUGAGACCUGUCUCUGUUGUAGCACUUCCUGUGAACCCUGGCGGCACAAAAUCUCUUGGUUCAGCUUUGAAUCACGGUGUUGCUUGUAGACUGGAUAAAGACUGCAAGGAAGGCAUCUGGCAAUUAGAAAUUCUCAAGAGUUUCACCUCUUUUGCUGAGCUGGAUGGUUACGCCUGCUGAUAUAGAGCUGAAAUCAUCAGUUUUUAGAAUUCAGACUGUUCUGCAAACCCAGAGGACACAACCUUGAGUGUUGUUCACUUUGGCUCGAUGUUCUGGGAGAUUUCUUGGUACUCUUGCAUGUACAGUGUAGCUGACUCACAGAUCUUCAGAGUUCACUUUUAUAAACCUCUUCUUUCUUUAUUUUUACCAGAUCUCUGGAGAUAAUCAUUCUAAUGUGUUUUGUUUUUGUUUUUGUAAUAGCUGGGAUAAUACUACUAGAGGAAUUAUUGAUAUAGUGAAAAUGUGGAGUAGAGUGAUUAAAGCGAGUCAGAGUCAAUUAAAUAAGUAAAUAAAAUAAUUUGAUUGUGU